AUGGAAACUCUGUGCCCCGCUCCCCGCCUCGCAGUGCCGGCGUCCCCGCGAGGGUCGCCCUGCUCCCCGACACCCCGGAAGCCGCGUCGGGGGACCCAGGAGUUCUCUCCGCUGUGCCUGCGUGCCCUUGCCUUCUGCGCCCUUGCCAAACCUCGGGCGUCUUCUCUGGGCCUGGGGCCUGGGGAGCUGGCGCCGCGGGCCCCGGUGCUGCUGGGCCCUCGCGCCCCCCUGUGCACCGGCGGCUGGGCCGCGGAUGGCCUGAAGCACCUCGCGGGACCAGCCGGGCGGUCCAGCGAUCCGAACGCCCCGACCGGUCAGGAUGCCGACGCCGCAGUGUGCCCGGGCCGUGGCGAGGAGGAAGAGGGCGGAGGCAGUUUCCCGCACUUCGGCUCUCGCUCCGGCUUACCUCCCGGCCGCUGCCCGGCGUCCCUGCGCCCUCGGGAGUCUCCGACCAGCUCCGCCUCGGCUCCGCCUCGGCCCGCCUCAGGUCUCGACUCCCAGCCGGGCCCCGCCGCCAGCCCCCAUCAGGAGCCCAGUUCCCGGCCUCCGCCGCCACCUGCGGGCCUCUCCACCGAGCCCGCGGGUCCCGGGGCCGCGCCCGAGCCGGGCCAGACGGCCGCAGUCGAUGGAAACCCCCCGCAGGCCGCCCCCGAGGCACCAGCCGCUAGCCCCUCGACGGCCAGCGGAGCUCCGGCCGCGCCCGCCGAUCUCCGCCAGGAACAUUUCGAUCGUCUGAUCCGCCGGUCCAAACUUUGGUGUUAUGCGAAGGGCUUUGCUCUCGACACUCCGAGUUUGCGCCGGGGGCCCGAGCGGCCGCCAGCAAAAGGGCCCGCCCGCGGAACCGCCAAGAAACGCCGGCGGCCGCCGCCCCCCCAUCGCAGCGCACAGCCCCGCCGCCCUGCACCGACGCUCCCCACCACGAGCACCUUCAGCCUCCUCGACGCCUUCCCCUGCCCCCCGGCCCUGGUGGUGGGGGAGGACGGAGACUUAGGGCCGGCAUCCUCGCUUCGCCUCCAGGGAGACUCAAAGCCCCCGCCUGCUCACCCGCUGUGGAGGUGGCAGAUAGGGGGUCCUGCUGUCCCUGAGCCCCCAGGCCUCAAAUUCUGGGGGAUCAACUUGGAGGAACUUUGA